UAGCUCCUCUCCCCUAACCCCAAAAAAAGUCAAGCAGCCAUGAAAGAACCUGCCCUUAGUUUAACAGUUGACGCACAAUAAUUCAUUUUUUAAUGGUAAUCAUCCAAUCCGACAUCGAAUUUGUGCCAUAUAUAGAGGGAAAUCUCACUUCACAGAUUCAUUUGAUGAUUAUAACUUUAAAUAGCCGAUGCCCACCGGGAUUAAGUAUUUCUCACGCCUGAAAACAAAAUCUGGAGCAGUUGAAACAUUCCUCGCCCCACGCCUGAAGAAAGUUCCAGAACAGUUUUGACGUGGCUGGUUUCGUAAUAUAUUUCCAUCAAACUGUGCCCUUUUUUUCUCAUCGGCAUCGUUGGAAGCCACAAUCUUGAGGUCUUGCAUUGCUGAUUACUCCACCCUUUCUGUUUGUAGAGCACAAGGCGGGGAAGGGAGUUUUCAAGUAUCACUGUGAUCAGGGUUUGAGCAUAUCCUCUGUUACAGCUUAAUCUGGUAAUCAUGAUGCAGUGUGAAUGUAUGGGAGAGAGAGAUCUGGGUGCACAGUGCGAGAGUAAGAUCUGGGUGCUGGAUAUCGUAGGCUUUAUCUAAUAUGCUUUGAAAUUGUGAACAUGAGCUCCUCCUGUUGUUUAUAGCAUUGAGAACAAGUAUUGGGUCGCUUUCAAUCAUGACAAUUCUUAUGUAUGUUGAUAGGGUAACCUUCAUUCCAUAUACCAAGGCAUCGAGAGCCAGACUCUUUAAGGAAUACAAAGAGGUUCAAAGAGAAAAAUCUGUGGAUUCAGAUAUCAAACUUUCAUGCGAUGAAACAAAUAUUUUUAAAUGGACAGCUGUCAUCAAGGGUCCUACGGAAACACCCUAUCAAGAUGGUCUGUUCCAACUUUCCGUGACUGUGCCAGAACAAUACCCAUUAGUGCCACCUUUAGUGAGGUUUGUCACAAAAAUAUUUCAUCCAAAUGUCCAUUUCAAGACGGGAGAGAUAUGUCUGGAUAUUUUGAAAACUGCAUGGAGCCCAGCUUGGACUUUACAAUCUGUUUGUCGUGCCAUAAUUGCCUUAAUGGCUCAUCCAGAAGCAGACAGUCCCCUAAACUGUGAUUGUGGCAAUCUUCUACGAUCUGGCGAUAAUCGAGGGUAUCAAUCAAUGGCCAGAAUGUAUACAAGACUAGCAGCCAUGCCCAACAGGGCUAAUCAUUGAAUUAUGUUUUGUCAAUGAGAACUCAUGUAUAGUUAUAUGAUGAGUUUCUCUGAACAUAACUAAACCAUGUGCGGUUAAUAGAUGCUCAACUAUUUUUAGUGUCUGUAUAAAUUAAAUUUUUUUCUUGACGCUUGUAUUAAUACAUCAACACCAGUGAAAAGAGAAACUAUGUAGCUACAAUUUGGGCCAUACACAGCAUGGGUUCUGCUACCCAUGACAGUUUGCCUUUGAUAUUUAACUGUAGCCUCCAUAAACAUAGGUUGUAGAUGUGAAUGUGUUUUUGGUACACACGUUGACUUACAGUUUGUGCUGGUAGGCAGAUUUUCUUUCAUGAUAAUACUUGUCAGUUUAAAGUUUCUUAUUGUAUCUUGGUCCCUCCAAUUGUAUUUUGGUUUAGGACGCGAGCCAAUAUCUAAUUGGGUUCUGUGA